UCCAGUUUUUAAGGGACUUCGUGACUUGGGAAUUAGCCGCAACUGCCGACAUGCCGUCCAAGCCUGCCCCGAUCAAGAAGGCGGCAAAGAAAGAACCCGCCAAGAAGGAGGAGGCGGCGGCUCCGGAGCCGGCCCCCGCGGCCCCCGCUCCGGCCGAGGCGCCACCUGCCGAGGCGGCCCCCGCUCCGGCCGAGGCGGCACCUGCCGAGGUGGCCCCCGCGGAGGGAGAGGCCCCCGCUGCGCCGCCAGCCGAGGAGGCCAAACCACCCGGAGAUGCUGAAGCUGCUGAAGUGCCUGCACCAGAAGAGCCUGCACCUCCUCCGCCUCCACCCAAAGAGCCCACAAGUGUCCCGCUGGAUCUGUUGGUCCAGGAUAAGAAUGACACUUCGGUUUCUAUCAUUUGGAGCCAGCCGGAGGUCGUGGGACUGUCCGGUCUCGACGGAUACACCAUUGAAGUGUGCAAGGAUGGAACCGAGGACUGGAAGGCCGUGAACGAGGAGCUGCAGAAAUCCUGCCGCUACAUCAUCAAGAACCUGACCACCGGCGAGCGUCUGAAGAUCCGCGUGGUGGCCGUGAACGCCGGCGGCCGCAGCCCCCCCGCCGCCCUGCCGGAGGCCGUCCUGGUGAAGGAGGUCGCUGAUCGUCCUAAGGUCCGCCUGCCGCGGUACCUGAGGCAGAGAUACGUCGCCAACGUCGGGGAGAAGAUCAACCUGACCAUCCCCUUCACGGGCAAACCCAAACCCGCGGUCAGCUGGCUGAAGAACGGCGAGCCGCUGGACAAGAGGGUGAACGUCCGCAGCACGGACAGAGACAGCAUCCUGUUCAUCCGCACGGCCGAGCGGGCCGACUCCGGCGUGUACGAGAUGUGCGUGAAGGUGGAGGACUUCGAGGACAAGGCGUCGCUCAUCCUGCAAAUUGUCGAGCUGCCAGGGCCUCCCGCCAGCCUGAAGAUUGUUGACACGUGGGGCUUCAACGCGGCUCUGGAGUGGACCCCGCCCAAAGACAACGGCAACACGGACAUCACCGGUUACACCAUCCAGAAGGCCGACAAAAAAACCGGAGACUGGUUCACCGUGUUGGAUCAUUACCACAGAAUGAACGCCACCAUCUCCGACCUCAUCAUGGGCAACACCUACAAGUUCAGGGUGUUUUCUGAAAACAAGUGUGGCAUGAGCGAGGAGGCCACUGUUGCAAAGGAGGAGGCCCAAAUCCUGAAGAUAGGCAUCGACUACAAGCCCCCCGAGUACAAGGAGCGCGAUUCCACCGAGGCGCCCAAGUUCACCACCUCUCUGAACGACAGAGCCACCACCGUGGGCUACAGCACCAAGCUGCUGUGCUCCGUCAGGGGAAGCCCAAGGCCCAAGGUGAUAUGGAUGAAGAACCAGAUGAUCAUCGGAGACGACCCCAAGUACAGGCAGAUCUGCGUCCAGGGCAUCUGCUCCCUGGAGAUCCGUAAGCCCGGUAACUAUGACGGAGGCGUGUACUCCUGCAAGGCCAAGAACGACCUCGGAGAGGCAACCGUCAGCUGCAAGCUGGAGGUCAAACAGCCCACGGGCCCAGACGCAGAGAAGAAAUAAGUCAACAUUCACCCUCUCACAGGAGCAGAAGGAAUGAGGCCUUUGCCACAGAAGGAAGCUGCUGGAUUCCUGGGAGAACAUGUAUAUAUGGCCGGUGACCUCACUUACCAAAGGGCUGCUGCCUGUGACCUCUCGCCCAGCGUCGCCCGGUGUUAUGAUGAACAAUUGUUGUCGCUUCUUGCCUUCAUCGUUCUCGACAAUUAUUCAUGUCCACAAUCUCUCCCCAACGAUACUAAGACACAAAGACGCCACUGUUCCUAUUAGAGGAACUCCAUGAAACAUCUAUUUAUAUCAAUAAAUAAUUCUAUUUCUG